AUUGUUGUUCUCAGUUUCUGUAUUUAAGACAAAAUUUCAAAUCCAAAAAUGAUUUAUAAUCCAACAGUCAAGAAGGUGAUGCAAGUGUCCGAGGAGGCAGCGCCCGUUGUGCAAAUACCCAUUAUGGUGGGCAAUGAGAUGUUCGUGCUUAUCCAGCAGGACAUAAGGCGCAUCGAGGACACUCGCCAUGUGAGCUACACUCGUUACAGUCCCAAUGGCCAGAUCUUUCCCUACGCCCAAACAUUUGGUGGUGGUUUCUUGCCUGCGCAAAGUCAAGAUUGCCCUGAUGUCGAGAUGCAUGAUUUACAGAAGACACCGCACCGAAUUGUGGCCAAUGUCGCCAACCAGCUAAGGUGGUCCAAGAUAAACAAUUCGACGUCACCAUAUCCAAUUAGUUACAGCGUCGCCACUUCCACAACGGAAAUACAGAUCCUAAAGAAGGAACAACGGCGAAGUGGAGGUGAAAAGCAGAAAAGUUCAUGUGCCUGCAACACCACGGAGACAAAAGCACAAACCACAUCGCAGGCAUGCAACACGGAGCCCAUCAAGACACAGGCAUCAACCGAUGAGGACUCAUGCGCAUGCAGUCUGUGCCAAAAGGGAAGCACUGAUCAAAAAGCAGCCAAUGCAGUUUGACUUGCUCAGUUGAGAAAAGGAUGGAAUCAGUGAUUUUAUGUAUUUAAUAUCUACAUUUUAGUUCUUAGUUCUUUGUCAAAGUCUUAAAUGUUAGCAUAAUGCACUCAGCGAUUUACUUUUUAUUAGACGCUUCUUUGAAUCUGUU